GUUCAGCCGUUUAACGUCAUUGAGGAAAUACUCACCGUGAGAACCUCAGUCGACCUCGCGGUGUGAGGACUGAGAUUUACAGACAGUCAGGAGCUGUUUGACUGUCAGCUGUCGGUGUUUCCAGGUCUCACACACACUUCUGUGUGUGUCGGUAAUGUCACCGUCUCAACUUCCGUCCUGAAUAACUGGAGACAAAUUUAAGAAUGGACCCGUACGUUGAUCUUCAGCAAACAGAUAACAGCACUCCAGCUGAAUCAACAGUUCCUCCUCCGAGGAUGACAAGACAGCAGACACUCACUUUAAUAUCAAUGGCUUCUGUCAACUUCAGUUCAAUGAUCUGCUACUCAAUAUUAGGCCCAUUUUUCCCAAAUGAGGCAGUGAAGAAAGGAGCCAGUCAAACUGUCAUUGGUCUCAUAUUUGGCUGCUACGCUGUCUGCAAUUUAAUUGGCUCGUUGAUACUAGGAAAAUAUAUUGUCCAAAUUGGUGCAAAAUUCAUGCUUAUUAUGGGGCUUUUUGUGUCGUCAGCGUGCACCAUCAUGUUUGGGUUACUCAACCGGGUUCCUGCAGGCCCCGCCUUCAUUACCCUGUGCUUUGUAGUGAGGUCCGUCGAUGCCAUAGGCUUUGCUGCAGCGAUGACCUCCUCCUUUGCCAUGACAGCAAAAAUAUUCCCAAACAAUGUGGCGACUGUUUUGGGUAGUUUGGAGAUUUUCACAGGGCUUGGUCUCAUUCUGGGGCCGCCGGUCGGAGGGUGGUUCUACCAGUCAUUUGGAUAUGAAGUCCCUUUUAUGCUUCUUGGAUGUUUACUAUUGAUUAUGGUUCCUUUCAACAUCUACGUCUUGCCAAACAUUGAGUCAGACCCGUCGAAGGAUUCGUUCUUUCGACUUCUCACCAAAGUGAAAAUCGUCCUGAUGUGCUAUGUGAUCUUCACUCUUAGUUCAGGUCUGGGCUUCUUGGAUGCCACGUUGUCCCUGUUUGCUAUGGAGACGUUUGGUCUCUCAUCUGGCUACGUGGGACUCACCAUGCUCGGUUUGUCGUUACCUUACUGCCUGGCAUCACCGCUGUUGGGGUAUAUUACUGACAAAUAUCCCUCCACCAGGCCUUGGUUCAUGGUAACAGGAGGCGCUGCCACAGCAGCUGGCUUCUGCCUGCUUGGUCCCGCCCCUUUCCUUUACAUACCAAGUCAGCUGUGGUUGCUGAUCGUCAUGCUUGGUGUAAUUGGGUUUUCUCUGGGUAUGUCUGCAAUCCCCACGUUCCCUGAGAUCAUCAAAUGUGCAUAUGAACAAGGAUAUGAAGAGGGGCUAAGCACUCUCGGGAUGGUGUCCGGACUGUUUGGGGCAUUUUGGUCCUUGGGGAUGUUUUAUGGCCCAAUAGUGGGCGGUAUUAUUACGCAACAUCUGAACUUUGAGUGGGCGGCUGCAGUCCAAGGAGGCUUGGCGUUUUUGGGCGCCUUUCUCCUUGCUCUGCAUUACCUGUGUCAGCGCCCACAACAAAGCAUUCGAGAAGACAGUCAACAAACAGAUGAAAGCACUCCUCUCCUGACUGAGUGAAGCUCUCGGCGACACGUGGAGGACACCAUAGUGAACAACACAUUGUCUUAAUGCUUCAUCAGCUUCCAAGUUGCACAGAUUGUUUAUUGUCAUUAUUAAUUGCUUUUUAACAUUUUUAAAUUAUACAUUUUUGGUGUUGCGGAGACUGCAGCCUGAAAACAAAGCGGUACACUGUAUUACUGGCUCAACGUCUGUACAUUUUUAAUAGAAUUUUAAUAGUUUCAUAUACUGUAGUGCAUUAUGAUGAAUGAAUGUAAUAUGAGUGAAUAUAGUCGACCACCGGUAAGUUCACAGCACAAACUAAAUGUGCCUUUUGUUCUGAAGCUCUGCUGUAUUAAUAAUCUUAGUUUUGACCUGGUCAUGACCCGGAUUUCAUGUUGGAGUUACACACGUACCGGACCACAGUCGUGGCAACACAAAGCAAGUAAGCAUGUUAUAACAUGAUCUGUGAAGUGGUAUGUUAUUAGGCUGGGCAAUGUGUUGAUAUCAUGAUGAUUUGAGACUAUGUAUUGUCUUAGAUUUUGGAUAUCAUGAUAUCAUAAGUGUAAUUUUCUUUUUCUUUUCCUUCUCAUUUACCAGGCUGUUCUGUUCUAAAAAUCUAGUGUGAAUAUUUUGUAAAAGCACUAAUAGUCAGCCCUACAAUAUCGAUAUCGAGGUAUCUGGUAAAAAUAUAGGGUUAUUUGAUUUUUUAUAUCACCUAGGCCUUUGAUAUGUUACAGGUCAUUGUGAACCUCUCAUUACCUUCAGUAUAAUUUGAUAUAACAGGGAGCAUUGUGUCACAUUUUACUGCAGUUAGUGAUUUUAUAUGUUGAGCCUUAAUUUCUGA